AUGCCGUCAUUGCAGAGUGAGCACAAAGAAUGGGCCAAAACCUGGGGUCCCCACAUCGAUCUCUUUCUCCGGAUCCAACGGAACUUUCCUGGCACAGCAGCCCCAGACGCGGCGCCAGACGCCAAGACCCAGGCUCCUCCAUAUCUCCAUUACGCCAUCCACCCAGUUCCUACCACCAUAUACACAACACAAAUGGCCGCCCCACCCUCCCUCCUCCCGUUUGUCCUCAACGCUGACAACUUUCCUCACCACACGGGUACAUACCCUACCCACCACCCAGAGACCAACGAGCACUACACGCCGUUUCACGUCGCUGCAGCCGACCAUGCCGCCAAGCUCUACCCAGUCGGCCUGCUUCGCCCGGCCGUCCUCAUCGCUCUCGUCGUCGAGGAAGGCGCCGAGGGACCGUACGAGUUUGUGCGUGACCCCAAGACACAGGAUAUCGAGUGUGUCGCGUUCACAGCCGCGGUGCUGGCCCAGGGCCACGAGGCCAUGAACGCCGCCAUCGCCGCGACAGCGGCGCGAUGGAAGCAAGCGGGCAAGUUCCCCGAGGCUCUUGAUGGUGCGUUGUCUUUGUAUCUCACACCCGCUCUCGCCGCUGAUGGAUUUCUUAAAGGCUGGCGUAACGAGCUGUACGCCAUCUAUGCCUCGCCCAAGUCGGCCGCCCUCACAAAUGCACCCCGCGCUCCCUUUGGCAACCUUGUGUUCGGGUGUGAGCGCGCUGCCUGUGCCGUGUUUGGCUUUGCGACCUUUGGCGUCCACAUGACUGCGUACGAGGGAGAAGGGCAGGACAUGAAGAUCUGGGUGCCCCGUCGCAGCCCGACCAAAGCGACCUGGCCUGGCAUGCUGGACAAUUCCGUCGCUGGGGGUAUCGAGAUGGGCUACACGCCCUUCAACACCAUUGUCAAGGAGUGCGAUGAAGAGGCGUCUCUCCCUGCAGAUUUUGUCAAGAAGCGCUUGAGGAACGCCGGUGUCACGACCUACUUUUACAUCACCUCGGCCGGGUUCCUGCAGCCAGAGAUCGAGUACAUCUACGACCUGCCCCUGCCCCCUCGCGACUCGGCAGAGUACGUCCUCCCCCGGCCCCACGACGACGAGGUCGAGUCCUUCGAGCUCAAGACUGUCCCCGAGACAAUCGCCGCACUCCAGGCCGGCGAGUUCAAGCCCAACUGCGGCCUCAUCCUCGUCGACUUUCUCAUGCGCCACGGCCUCGUCACCCCCGAGACGGAGCAAAACUACCUCGAGAUCAGCUGGCACAUGCACCGCCGUAUCGGCGUCGGGUGCCCCGCCUAA